AUUAUAAAAUGUACUUCUGCGUCAAAGAUAGUACGAAACUGCUGCUCGAAUGAGUUACUGUUCGUUUAUCAUAAUUUUUACAGGAAACUUGAUGUGCAAUUUGUAAGCAUACCGGACCAGCAAUCCACUACCAGGUAACAUGAAGUUCUUCACUUUGGUAUUAUGCAUUUCAUCUUUAAUUGGUGUAAAGUGUCAAAUCAUAACCCUAAGUGGUAUAUGGAAUGGAACUAUCAAUGGCUGUGAUGAAAGUUUCUCUAAAGGAUGCAACAGUGACCUCAGAUUUAGUGGGACUGUUCCUGGAGGAAUUUACACAGAUUUGUACAUGGAUAACAUAAUAGAGGACAAUCUACUGGGGGCGAAUGAUAUGAAUAAUCGUUGGGUCGGGAAUCAAUCUGUGACCUACACUAAAGAAUUCAUCGGUAAAUUCGAGUCAAAGACAAAGCUGGCAAUCUGGCAAUUGUAGGAAGAAAUUUAAAUCGCACGUUUUUUCAGUGAGCAACGAUUUCUUGACACCUUCUCCAACAUCACUCUUAACGACCAUGCAAUCGGCGAGACUUCGAAUAUGUUCCUGCGGUAUACCUUCGAUGUGACGGACCACAUUCUGGAAGGACAGAAUAUACUGAGAGUCGCGUUUCAUUCGGCUGUCAAAGUGGCAGAGAACUUGUACAAUGAGCAGAAGAAAAGCUACAUCGUACGACCGGUGUGCGUACCUAAGGAAUACAAUGGGGUAUGCCACGUGAACCAUAUACGUAAGAUGCAAGCCAGCUUCUCGUGGGAUUGGGGCCCCGCUUUUCCCUCAAUCGGCAUUUGGAAGGACGUCGAGUUGAUUCCCGUAAACGACAUAAUGAUGAACGACGUCACAGCUGAUAUAUGCAGGGAGAAUGACGCCUGGCACAUUCUCGUCACGAUAUUCCUUGAGAUAACGCAGAGCAGAAGCAACGAGGCUCAGAGCAUCGUCGUCACGUCCGCAUCGGCUUUGCACAUUUCGCAUGACAAGGUCAUCAGCAACAUUAGCGAAAUUAGGCUCGACACGAGCAAGAGAUACGCGAAUUUUAGCAUCCAACUUACGGUGCCUGUGGAUGCCGUUGAAACUUGGUGGCCGAAUGGCUAUGGCAAGCAACAGUUGUAUACUCUGUCCACUACGGCGACAACGGUUUACGAUGUAUCGCAGAAAGAGAUCCACGUAGGCUUCAGGACGGUGGAAUUGGUGGAGGAACCACUGGAGAAGGGUCGAAGCUUCUACUUCCGCGUGAACGGUGUGCCGAUUUUCGCGAAAGGCAGCAAUUUUAUACCAGCCAGCAUCUUCCCGGAAUUGAGCGCGAAGGAGGAAACCAUCAGGCACUUGCUGUCUUCCGUCAAGGAGACACACAUGAAUAUGUUGAGGGUCUGGGGCGGCGGGGUCUACGAGUCUGACUUGUUCUACGACUUGGCCGAUGAAUAUGGCAUCAUGAUCUGGCAGGACUUCAUGUUCGCCUGCGCCAUGUAUCCCACGAUCGACUCGUUCCUGAGGAACGUGAAGGAGGAAGUGGUGCAGAACGUGAUACGUCUGAAGAAUCACCCGAGCAUCGUGCUCUGGGCCGGCAACAACGAGAACGAGGCGGCACUCUAUGGGAAUUGGUACGGCACCGGCUCUGCUGAGAUAUAUAAGACGGAUUACGUGAAACUUUACGUGAACUUGAUAAAGAGGGAAGUGGAGAUACUAGACCCCACGAGGCCAUUCCUCGUCUCUAGUCCGGGUAAUGGAGUGUACGAGGAGAUAUAUAAUUACACGGGAGUAGAUCCCUACUCGAAUAUCUACGGUGACGUUCAUUAUUACAACUAUAUAAGAAACGGAUGGGACGUCAGUCAAUACCCCCGAACAAGAUUCUGCUCAGAGUACGGAUUUCAAUCUUGGCCGUCAAUAUACACGGUAGCAACCGCCGUAGAAACAGCAAGAGAUUUCGACUUGGACAGCGAAUUCGUCAAACACCGACAACAUCUGCCAAUGGGCAAUCAGUUCAUGAAACUACUGAUCUCGCAGAACUUUGUUGUGCCGCAAAGUAAUGACAGCUUGAGAAAUUUUGCGAAUUACGUAUACCUUAGCCAGGUCAAUCAGGCAGUCUCUAUAAAGAUAGAAACGGAAGGAUACAGGCAACUCAAAUCCGAGGUGAAUUCUGUCAGUGAGGGCAUGACGAUGGGAGCUCUCUAUUGGCAAUUGAACGAUGUCUGGCAAGCACCCUCAUGGUCCUCCAUAGAUAUUGAAGGUCGUUGGAAAAUGCUUCAUUACUACGCCAAGGACUUUUUUGCACCCAUCAUUGUUACACCCCGUUUGAUGAGCUCCGAUGAGCUCACGAUAUAUGUUGUAUCCGAUCGAUUGUACUGGCUGACGAAUUGUCAAUUAGAUAUUCACGUUUACAACUGGAAAUCUAUGACACCCAUAUACACAAAGUCCUACCACAACAUCAUCGUGCCACCGAACAAAGCCGUACGAAUCACAACCUUCUGGUUCGAUGUAUUUCUCUCUCAAGCGGGUUGUGGCUCGUUUCAAACCGCCAAGAAAUCUUGCGUAGUCACUUUGUCGUUCAAGGAUGAAUCCAGGUCUCUAAUCGCACCGGUUAAUUAUGUCUAUCCCACCGCCUUGAAAAAUGUGGAUAUAGCAGUGGCUAAUGUCACCAUGAGAAUCGAGAAUUAUUUACCUGGAAAAGUGUUCAAUUAUCCGGAUUUCAAAGUUAUAUUAACGACAGACAAUAUAGCGCUGUUCGUCUGGUUAGAAGUGGGCAACAUACGCGGUCGUUUCUCCGAGAAUGGUUUUCACAUGUUCGAGCAACGGAAAGAAGUCAUUUUCCACGCCCACGAAGCGACCACGGUGGAAUUGUUGCGCGACAAUAUAAAAAUGACCACAUUGUCCGGUAUUUACAAUGCACAGGAAGAUUUGGCUGAUGACGUCGGAACAGAAAAUGCACAUUAAUCGUGCGUUGACAUUUAAAGCUUCCUCCUUAUGUGAUAUAUUACAUACAUGUUGUACGAAAUAACAAUUUAUCUAAAGUAUUGAACUCUCAAGAGUGCUGAAAAGAU